CCUCUCCGCUCCGAGCAUUUAAUCAGCCAGCCAGAACUGAUAUUGAUGUUCAAGAAGCAACGUCUGUUCCAUUGUGGAAGAAGAUAUUUCAAAGGGUCUCAACUAAAACAGCUUUGACCGACGAUUGCUGCAUGGCGCCCGUCUUGAUGGUGAUAUCCCUCUUGAGCAAUUUAGGGAAUCUGGAUGCUUUGUCUUGGCGAGCGGAUUAUUCUCUCGAAUGUCCAUCCAGUUGUCUGUGCUCGAAGACGUCACCAGACCUCGCCCUUGUGAAAACCGAUUGCUCAAGGAAUACUUUCUGGGUUGUUCCUAUGGGUGUGUCAAAAGACAGUACUGAUGUGGAUUUUUCAGACAACAAAAUUGUGAGCAUUACAAGGAAAUUCAUGGCAACCAUUAUAAAAGUAAAAAUCCUGAAUUUUGCAAGAAACAACAUUGAUUACCUCCCUAAAGGAUCGUUGAGCGAUUUGAUGGAUUUGGAAGUCUUGGAUUUAUCAGGAAACCACAUCAGUUACAUCAUGGAAGGAGUUUUUAAUGGACUUCGUAACCUCUCAACACUGUACCUCGGUGAGAACAGAAUUUCCAGCAUCGAAAGUGGUAGUUUCCAAGGAAUGCCAGGACUGAGACACCUGUGGUUACCCAUCAACAGAAUCUGGGACCUACCUCACAACAUACUUCACGGCCUUGUCAACUUGAGAGUGCUGUCUGUAUCACCUAAUUCGAUCUCUUGCAUUCCUUAAUUAACAGUUUCACAUGUUA